CUAUCACCACCACCACCACCACCGGCGAAACAGGUCAGUGGUUCACUAAGCCACGGCGCCAGGAAGAAAUCAGUACUAGAUGAAAAAGCUCGAAUCUUGAGACGAUUUAAGCUAAAAUUAUGGCAAUUGCUUUUGCUCGUGGGUUUCGGAAAGCUUCAUCUCUACUUAAAUCUUCAUAUCCACUUCUCAUUUCUUCCAGGUUGCUUCCGCAAAGCCAAGAGCUUUCUUAUUCAACAUUAAUAUUCAUUUUACCAACAACGAUCUCAAGGCCUAUAUGUAGAAGUUUCAGUCAGGGUACUGUGAAUCUAGUGAUAUCAGAAGGGAAACCAAAGUUUGAAACUCGGGAACUUGAUCCUCCCAAGAAGUAUAAGUGGUUGACGAAAAAGCGGCUGAAGCUGAAAAGGAAGAAAGAAAGAGAGGAAAGGAAUGCAGCUAACAGGAAAGACCCUCGGCGACUUACUGUCAAAGGGAAGAAGAAGAAGUUUGCUAACCCGGAGGAAAGAAUAACGUACAAGCUUGAAAAGGCAAAGAUCAAAGAAGCGUUGCUGGUUGAGAAACUGAAACGGUAUGAAGUUGCGAAAGUGCAGGGGCCUGAGGUUCGACCCCAUGAGAUUACCGGGGAAGAACGGUUCUACUUGAAGAAAAUGGGUCAGAAAAGGUCUAAUUAUGUACCAAUUGGGAGAAGAGGAGUAUUUGGGGGUGUUAUACUAAACAUGCAUCUGCAUUGGAAAAAACACGAAACUGUUAAGGUUAUCUGCAAUAAUAGUAAGCCAGGACAAGUGCAGCAAUAUGCAGAGGAGCUUGCCAAACUUAGUGGUGGUGUGCCUGUUAACAUAAUUGGCGAUGAUACAAUCAUAUUUUAUAGAGGGAAGGGUUAUGUGCAGCCACAAAUUAUGUCUCCAAUCGAUACAUUAUCAAAGAAAAGGGCAUAUGAAAGAUCAAAGUACGAACAAUCUCUUGAAUCGGUGAGACACUUCAUAGCAAUUGCAGAGAAGGAACUUGAACUAUACUACAGGCAUGUUGCUCUUUACGAUGACCCGAAUAACAGAAACCCUCUUUCUAUCUUGGAUGAUUAUCCAUCGGAAUCACGUAACCAUCAUCAUAAUGAGCUUUAUCUUAGUUGUUCGGACACUGAUGCUAAUUCCGAAGAUGAAGAUGAAGAGCUCUGUAAAUUAGAUAAUGGUUCUUCUUCUUCUCCUCCUUCAAAGGAAAAGUUGUCGGAACUUGAAAACUAGACACAAAUUGGAUAUA